GAUGUGACAGACUGGUUUAAUGCAGAGAGAUGGAUUAAUGAUCUCAGCAAAAGAGCUGGCAUGUUCGAGAGAUUUAUUUUUUUUUUAUAUAACAGUUUUAGCCAAAGCCGUUCUAGGGUUCAGUGGAAGCAGUUUCCCAGGAGGGCAAACUUCUUGAGUAAUGGCCAAUCUCUGAGCAGCAGGCAGGGCAAAGCUAGUGCUUGUGUCAUGGCCUGGUGGGUGGAGCUUGGGGUGGGAAAUCCAUCAGUAUCAAAUAGUAACCCCAGAAAGUCGGCCUUGCCAACCAUCUCCUCACCGAUCCUCCGAGCAGCACCCACUAGAGGCUGAACCAAUGGUCAAGCCACGGGGGAUUUGCCCCUCAGGAGGUUACUGGAAAGCAGCCUAUUGCAUCAUAGACACCCACAAAAUGCCUUAUUUUACAAGACUCAUUCUGUUUUUGUUUUGCUUGAUGGUUCUUGUGGAGAGCCGAAAACCCAGGAGGAAGAGAUGGACAGGACACCUGGAAAUGUCCAAGCCAAGCCACUCAUAUAACAAGAAUCUUGAUGUGACCAAAAUUCAAGCAGGAAAACCUCAGCAACUUCUCCGGGUGGAUGAGCAUGACUUCACCAUGAGACCAGCCUUUGGAGGCCCUGCCAUCCCAGUGGGUGUGGACGUGCAGGUGGAGAGCCUGGACAGCAUCUCCGAGGUGGACAUGGACUUCACCAUGACCCUGUAUCUGAGACAUUACUGGAAAGACGAAAGGCUGGCAUUCCCCAGCACCAGCAACAAGAGUAUGACCUUCGAUGGCCGCCUGGUAAAGAAGAUCUGGGUCCCGGACGUCUUCUUUGUUCACUCUAAAAGGUCAUUCAUCCACGACACCACCACUGACAACAUCAUGCUGAGGGUGUUCCCAGAUGGCCACGUGUUGUACAGCAUGAGGAUUACUGUCACUGCCAUGUGCAACAUGGAUUUCAGUCACUUUCCCCUGGACUCGCAGACCUGCUCGUUGGAGCUGGAGAGCUAUGCAUAUACAGAUGAAGAUCUGAUGCUGUAUUGGAAGAACGGGGAUGAAUCCCUGAAAACAGACGAGAAGAUCUCUUUAUCUCAGUUUUUGAUUCAGAAAUUUCACACAACUUCGAGACUGGCCUUCUACAGCAGUACUGGCUGGUACAACCGUCUGUACAUCAACUUCACUCUGCAUCGACACAUCUUCUUCUUCUUGCUGCAAACCUAUUUCCCCGCCACCCUGAUGGUCAUGCUGUCCUGGGUGUCCUUCUGGAUUGACCACAAAGCUGUGCCUGCAAGAGUCUCCCUGGGCAUCACGACGGUGCUGACCAUGUCCACCAUCAUCACGGGCGUGAACGCCUCCAUGCCGCGUGUGUCCUACAUCAAGGCCGUCGACAUCUACCUCUGGGUCAGCUUCGUGUUCGUGUUCCUCUCGGUGCUGGAGUAUGCGGCCGUCAACUACCUGACCACCGUGCAGGAGCGGAAGGAGCGGAAGCUGCGGGACAAGUUCCCAUGCGUGUGUGGAAUGCCUCACUCAAACACCAUGAUACUGGACGGAAGCUGCAGUGAGUCUGAGGCCAACAGCCUGUCUGGGAACCCACGAAGUCACAUUCUGACAGAAGAAAGGCAAGACAAAAUAGUGGUCCACCUGGCCUUGGGCAGUGAAUCCUCCGCCAGGAAGAAGAGACUUCUCAAGAGCCAGGUGGGGCUUCGUCUCUUCCAGAACACCCACGCCAUUGACAAAUACUCCAGGUUGGUAUUCCCUGCCUCCUAUAUAUUUUUCAACUUAAUAUAUUGGUCAGUAUUUUCUUAAGGGGUCCAAGGCCGUGCAAGAAACUGGUAUGGACAUUCACUGGCGGACACAGGGACCUGUUGGCCAUGUUCCUCACACCAGAUGGAGCAGCAGCUCCUGGACCACCAGCAACAGCACCUCUGUCUCAGAGGAACCAAGGGGCCCACCGCCAUCCUCACCCUAACCUCAUGGGCUUCCCCCUUGUUUAUGUCGUGUUCUGUGUCAUGCUUUAUAUCUUUCUGAACAGAACUGUCUUCUGUUUUUGCAUGUGAAAUUGAUCACAAGAACUCUCAUUAAAAAAGAGACUCAAAUGCCUCUUAGAUGUUCUGAGACCCUCAUGAAGCCUAGACUUCAGUUGUGGACUGGGAGGAAAAAUGAAGGGCAACCUUAGGGAAAUUCUGGGUAGGUGAUAGGAAAUCAGGAACAACAAAAAUCUGGGGAUCUCAUAUAACAGGAUUAAGCGCCUACCAAGGAGAGUAAAAUUCCGACCCCUAGACAGGAAACGGUUUGACCUCUGUGAAGCCUGUAACUAACCCACAUGCUUGUAUAAUAUUAGGGGAGAGUAUUCAGUUAUCCCUUCACUAACCAUUCAUUAAAUACUGAACCUACCUUCGUCUUUUUCUCUAAACUGUGCUGAUUCUUCACACUUCCUCAUGUAGUUGUACCCUUCCCUUUCUCCCUGCCCUGCUCACCUCGUAGACCCAUUCUGUUUACUGGUGCUUUUGCUCUAACCCUAAGUCACUUCCUGGCUCCUCUGAGGUCCUCAGGAAGCCAGCUUGGUGCUUCCUGCCCUGGCAUCUUCAUGAAGGACAAACAUCCAUCGGAGACUAUGGCGAGGACUUGAGGUUCAGUGGGAGCACGGGGUCUAAGGAGGAAGCCAGCACAGGUCUGCUGCGGAGAUCCGUUUGGAGCAUCAUCCUACCUGUUUCUAGACUCUUUCCUCCUUCUCCAGCAGAGCAGUAUCCUGAGGGAUGAUACUUAUGCUUGUGCCCAAGUCCAAAGCCCUACCCUAACCAGAAGAGCCCAUACUUGAGAAUGAUCUCUCUUUCCUUCCACAAGCUAGUGACGCUUCCCUGUAAUGACUCUAUGCUCAGAAUGAGGAAGGUUAUCUGACUCACUGAAUCUACACUAAGUUGGGAAGGGCCAGUUCUCUUAAUACUGUUUUAGGAGAUUUCUGGAUAACUGAGGUGCAUCUCUAGUUGGUGGAAUUUUAGGUGGUUCUGAUUUUUAUCAGAAGGAUAAAAAUGGGGAGUGGAUCCCCUUCUCACUGAAGGAUGUCACUCUGUUGUCUAACUGCCUCACCAGCUUCCUUCCAGAGUCUAGAUGUUGGGUCAAGAGUAGAAAAACAGUCAUUAGCAAGAGGGCAUAAAACAGCCUAAAAUCAAGUUCCAGCCUGUAAAAUCUGCUUUUCACCAUGACUCCCAAGGGCAGAGAUUAGUUCCUGAGGACCGGGGUGCAUGUGAACCGUAAAGACUCCAGGAGUUUCAAAGCAGGAGCUGUGUCCACCUGACCCUCCCACUUCUUGGCCAUCACUGGCCAUGUGACUGCUGUACAAAGCCCUGUUCCUCGGUUCCCAUGGGUCAGUCCUCCACUCAUUUCCUAUUUCUCUUGCAUAUAUGUGUGCACCUGGGCCAGACACUUGCUCCAUCAGUCUUUUGCCCGUGUUGAGGCCCAGUCUCCAGCCACCAUCCUUGAUCUCUACUGUCCACCACUCCAAAGCUUGUGUGAUGGGGCGUGACUCAAGAAGCUGAAUUCUCAACUUGGGAUGGUUGCAGGUACCAUUAAGGCAUCUAUUUUCUCAGGUGACUUCAAGUUCAGUAGAUUCCUGAGACUGUUCUCAGGAUUCUUAAAGAUUCUCUAGAUGGAUUCUCUUAACUCAGAAAAGCCACUGUACUCAUGAUUACAGUUUAUUAUACCAAAAGCAUUCAGACUAAAACCAGCAAAGGGAAACGAGCUCACAGGGCGGGUUCUGGAAAGACAGACACAGAUCUCUGAGAUGUCCCCUCCUACUGGAGCUACGGGGAUUACGCUUAUUUUUCCCAGCAGUGAUUCGUGGCAGGGUGCCUGGAGUUUUGCCAACUAAGGAAACUCGCCCAAGUUCAUCAAGGGUUUGGCCACAUGGAGAUAGGUGACUUCACACAAGGCUGAUCUUGGUUUCAAGUCCUUCUAGAGGUUGAGCUGAUACCUUGUGAUCCAAACCCCACAUCAUAAAUCAAGUUAUUAAUAUAAUUUAAAAAUGUCUUAGUCUAUUUUCUGUUGUUAAAACAAAAUACAUGAAACUAGGAAAUUUCUAAAGGACAGGAAUUGAAUUGACUUACAGUCCUAGCGGCUAAGAAGUCCAAAAGCAUGUUGCUAGCAUCUAGUGAAGACCUUCCUGCCUCAUCCUAACACAGUGCAGGGUAUCACAUAGCAAGACAGAGCAUAUGCUGGUUUGGGUUUCUCUUCUUCUUAUGAAGCCACUAAUGUCAACACAGGGACCCGCCCACAUAGCAUUAUCUAAUACUAAUUCCUUUCAAAAGCCUCACCUCCAAAUACCAUUGAGUUUCUAAGACAUGAACUUUUGAGGAGCACAUUCAAACUAUGACAGGUUUUGAUGCCACAAAUUGUUUCACAAAUAUGUGAAAAGAAUUACAAAGAGGGAAAGAAUAAAUCCCAUUGAAAAGGCUGGAUCUCAUGGAGAAAACAGCCACUGAGAUGCCCCAGAAAUUCAGUGACAUGGACAAGAAAAAUUGAGGCUACAAAGUACAUGCUAGAGUAGGGCGUGGUGGCAUAUGCCUGUAAUCCCAGCACAUGGGAGGGAGGCUGAGGUAGGCGGACCGCCACGAGUGACCCGUGCUGCAUAGCAAGACCUCGUCUCAACCCCAAAAGCCCCUCAAAACACAGUACAUGCUAGUUUUGUGCUUUUUCAUAGGGUAACCACCUGCCGCAUAGCUAUUUAAAUUAAGUUUUAAAAAAUUGAAAACUCAGUUCUUCGGCUACACUAGCCAUACAAUGCUCAGCUCAGUAGAACCAGUUGUGGUGAUUACUGAACUGGACAGUACAGAUCUAUAAAGUAUUUCUGCAAUGGCAGAAAGUUCUAUCAGGAUGCACGAGGGCACGGAGGGAAGAGAACAAGCCAGGAAUUGUGUGUAUAGCGUUUGCGAGGCACAGCAUCCAUUUUACUGGUCCUCUGCAUGAGGAGAGCAUAAGAGGCUGGCUCUUUCCACAGUGUGAGGCUCAUGGCAGACCCCUCCAUGCACUGCUAAUGAAGACAGCUUCUCCUUCAGGGCCUUGGCCGGCCCGAGACCCCCUCCUAGAUCAGUAAAGGAUGAAAGUGUAUAAAGAGGGUAUUUGGAUGGCAUGAGGCAUCUGGACUUGUUUAAAAACCUUUAAUCUUCAGAGAUUUUCUCAGGCCACAGUGCUAUUCAAGGAAUGAUAAUUAUAUUGUGAUUAAAUGUAUUGUGUUGCUGUGGUUAUUUUAUUUAAUUCCAACAUUACUCUGCUUCCAACUAUACUGUUUCCAUAAACUCUGGCUCAAAUAAUAUGGUUGGUUAUUCAGAAAAUAAAGAGUAUUUCUGCCAGUUGAA